AUGAUGAUGAAACAGAAAGAGGUGAGCAUGCAUGUACGGAUGCUUACUCAAGAAAUUAGGAAGUCCCUUGAUAAGGACACAAUAUUAUACACAACUCUUGUUGAGCUUUCGAAAACCUUGGAUUUGCAAAACUGUGCAGUGUGGAUGCUAAAUGAGAACGGAAUGGAGAUGGACCUGGCCUAUCAGUUGAGUGCAAUUUCGAGGGAGCAUCAUAGGAUGCCAAUGUGUUCAAUUUCCAUAAAUGAUCCAGAUGUGUUAGAGAUUAUAAAAAAUGAAGGAGUGAGGUUUUUGAGACAAGAAUCAGUUUUGGGAGCUGCAAGCUGUGAUGGGAGUACUGAGACGGGUGCUGUUGCAGCGAUUAGGAUGCCGAUGCUUCGUGCUUCGAAUUUUAAAGGUGGGACACCAGAGUUUGUUGAUACUCGUUAUGCCAUAUUAGUUUUGGUUCUUCCAAGUACAAGUGACAGAGUUUGGAGCAUCAACGAGAUGCAGAUAGUAGAAGUGAUUGCUGAUCAGGUGGCUGUUGCUCUGUCCCAUGCUGCAGUUCUUGAGGAGUCUCAGUCAAUGAGGGAGAAACUGGAAGAGCAAAAUCGGGUUUUGCAGCAUGCUAAAAUGAAUGCAAUGAUGGCAAACCAAGCAAGGGAUGCUUUUCAAAGAGUGAUGAGCAAUGGGAUGAGGCGCCCACUUCAUUCAAUAAUAGGAUUACUGGCCAUAUUUCAAGACGAGAAUAAGAGCUCUGAACAGAGGAUAAUUGUUGACACAGUGCUUAAGACCAGUAAUGUUCUCUCGACUUUAAUAAAUGAUGCAAUGGAGAUAUCUGCCAAAGAAGAUGGAAGAUUUCCUUUAGAGAUGAGACCCUUUCGGCUGCAUUCGAUGAUCAGAGAAGCUUCAUGUCUUGUUAAGUGCUUGUGUGUUUACAAAGGCUUUGCUUUCGCCACAGAUCUUCCUAAUACUUUGCCUAAUGAGGUAAUGGGUGAUGAGAGGAGGACAUUUCAGGUUUUACUGCAUAUUGUUGGACAUUUACUGGAUGUCAGUGACGGAAAAGGGUCAGUCAUAUUCCGGGCUGUUGAGGAUGGUGGAAUUGAAGGCAGGAAUAACAAUUUGUGGGCAGUAAAAAGACCAAGCACUACUGAUGAGUCCGUGAGCAUGAAAUUUGAAGUUGAAGUUAAUGUUGAAAGUUUACAGUUGGAAAGCUCGACAUCUACAAAUUAUUUAGCUCGCAGGAGGAAAAACAACAAAGAAAUUAAACAGGGACUCAGCUUCAGCAUGUGCAAAAAGCUUGUGCAGAUGAUGCAAGGUAAUAUCUGGAUGUCCUCAAAUUCAGAGGGACGAGUGCACAGUAUGAGUUUUACUCUCAGAUUCCAGAAACAGUCUUCUUUUAGACGACACAUGUUUGAAGUUGGGAAUUCCGAGCAACAGAUCUCCAACUCAAAGCUCAGGGGCCUUAGAGUAAUUUUAGCUGAUGAUGAUGAUAUAAACAGAAUGGUUACUAAAAAGCUGCUGGAGAAACUAGGCUGCCAAGUAGCUACCGUUUCAUCUGGCUUUGAGUGUUUGAGUGCUCUGGGGCCGUCAGCAACUUCGUUCCAGGUUGUCAUUUUGGAUCUUCAGAUGCCAGAAAUGGACGGUUUUGAAGUUGCUUUGAGGAUCCGCAAGUUUCGCAGCCGUAAUUGGCCUUUAAUCAUAGCCCUGACAGCAAGUGCAGAGGAUCGUAUAUUGGAAAAAUGCUUACAAGCCGGCAUGAAUGGUCUUAUUCGAAAACCUGUUCUUCUCCAAGGAAUGGCUGACGAGAUCCGGAGGGUCCUUCAAAGAUCAGGUGAAGGUCGAAAAGGAUAUACGAGAACGAAAAGUUCCAAUGACAAUGUGGGGAUAGGAGAGGUGGUAAAGGAAGAGAAUGUUGGUGAAGUAAUGACAUUUAAGUAG